GGUGUGUGUCACAGGUUAUGUUCAUUUGAGAGCUGUCCAUUGGGGAUUGCCUGGUGUCACUGAGAGUCUAUUGGUGCUUGCGUUUGCUGCUUGCCUUCUUGCCAUGUCUAACGAAGUAGAAACAAGUGCAACUAAUGGUCAGCCUGACCAACAGGCUGCCCCAAAAGCUCCAUCGAAGAAGGAAAAGAAGAAAGGUUCUGAAAAGACAGAUGAGUAUCUUCUGGCCAGGUUCAAAGGUGAUGGUGUAAAAUACAAGGCCAAGCUAAUUGGUAUUGAUGAUGUUCCAGAUGCAAGGGGAGAUAAAAUGAGCCAAGACUCUAUGAUGAAACUCAAGGGAAUGGCGGCAGCUGGUCGGUCUCAGGGACAACACAAGCAAAGGAUUUGGGUCAACAUUUCUCUUUCUGGGAUAAAAAUAAUUGAUGAGAAAACUGGGGUAAUAGAGCAUGAACAUCCAGUAAAUAAGAUAUCUUUCAUUGCCCGGGAUGUGACGGACAACCGGGCAUUUGGUUAUGUGUGUGGAGGAGAAGGACAGCACCAGUUUUUUGCAAUAAAAACAGGGCAACAGGCUGAGCCAUUAGUUGUUGAUCUGAAAGACCUUUUCCAAGUUAUCUAUAAUGUAAAGAAGAAGGAAGAAGAAAAGAAAAAGGCUGAAGAAGCCAACAAAGCAUUGGAGAAUGGAAGCGAGUCCCUAAUGGCUGUUGAUGAUCAAACCACCAAACUAAAAUUGGGUGUUGACCAGAUGGAUUUGUUUGGGGACAUGUCUACACCUCCUGACCUAAAUAGUCCAACAGAAAGCAAAGAUAUCCUGUUAGUGGAUCUAAACUCUGAAAUCGUCACCAAUCAGAAUUCUUUAAAAGAAAAUCCAUUCUUAACAAACGGCAUCACCUCCUGCUCUCUUCCUCGACCAAAGCCUCAGGCAGCCUUCUUGCCUGAAAAUGCCUUUUCUGCCAAUCUCAACUUCUUUCCCACCCCUAAUCCUGAUCCUUUCCGUGACGAUCCUUUUGCACAACCAGACCAAUCGACACCCUCUUCGUUUGAUUCUCUCAAAUCUCCAGAGCAGAAGAAAGAGAAUUUGAGUAGCUUGUCUACUCCCCUGAGUAAUGGGCCCCUGAAUGGUGAUGUUGAUUACUUUGGUCAACAAUUUGACCAAAUCUCUAACCGGACUGGCAAACAGGAAUCUCAGGCUGGCCCGUGGCAAAGCCAGCCAGCCGUGAGAACUCAAAAUGGGGUAUCUGAAAGAGAACAGAACGGCUUCCAUACCAAAUCUUCCCCCAACCCUUUUGUGGGAAGCCCUCUCAAAGGACUAUCCGUAUCGAAUGGCGUGAAGCAGGACUUGGAAAACCCUGUCCAGUCCUCUCCACAUGACUCCAUAGCCAUUAUCCCACCUCCACAAAGUACCAAACCAGGAAGAGGCAGAAGGACUGCUAAGUCUCCAGCAAAUGACUUGCUUGCAUCAGACAUCUUUGCUCCUCCUGCCUCAGAACCUCCAGGCCAGAUGCCACCUACAGGACAACCUGCAACCCCACAGACCAACCCUCUGGAUCUGUUCAAAACAAGUGUUCCUGCCCCAGUGGGGCCCCUUGCAAGUCUAGCUGGUGUGCCAGUUACACCCCCUCAAGCCGGACCUUGGAAUACACCUGUGGUCUUCAAUCAGCCCACUACAACGGUCCCUGGAGCUAUGCUGGGGGCUCAACCAUCAGGUUUUGGUCAGCCAGUCGUUUUUGGUACAAAUCAAGCUAUUCAAGGCUGGAGUCAGCCUUCGUCUUUUGUAGCCUCCACUCCUCCAGCCCCUGUCAUUUGGGGUUCUUCUGCAUCUGUGGCACCCAACGCCUGGUCAUCAACAAGCCCUUUGGGGAAUCCUUUUCAGAGCAAUAUUUUCCCCCCUACUUCCAUGUCCACUCAGCCGUCUUCUAUGCUGUCCUCUCUGGCCACUCCUCCUCAGCCACCUCCCAGAACUGGUCCUCCAAAAGAUAUCCCCAGCGAUGCCUUCACUGCCUUAGACCCGCUUGCAGAUACAGAAGUCAAAGAAGUCAAAGAAAUGUUUAAGGACUUCCAGCUGCGGCAACCACCCAUUGUACCUGCAAGGAAAGGAGAGCAACCUGCCACUGGGACUUCCAGCGCCUUCUCCAGUUACUUCAACAGUAAAGUUGGCAUCCCUCAGGAGAAUGCAGACCAUGAUGAUUUUGAUGCCAAUCAACUGUUGAGCAAGAUCAAUGAACCACCAAAGCCAACUCCCAGACAAAGUGCCCUGCCAGUUACCAAAUCUGCUGAGAACGCUUUCGAAAACCCUUUCUCUAAAGGCCACUUCAGCCCAGCCCAGCCCUCUAUGGUUUCCCCUCAGCCUGCAUCUUCUGAUGUGUGUAGGGAUCGGUUCGGAAAUCCUUUUGCCUUCUGAACUUGGAAUGUCGAUUAGCCAGAGGAACACGAAAGUUGGCUUUAGGAGCCAAGGACAAAGCUAAUAGCCAGACCUGUCCUGACCUCUCUGUCCUUGGUCCAACUUUGACAUAUUAUCCAUUGCCUUAUUUCUUGUUGCUUUUUCCACUCUUAAAAUGCCUUUCACUUUCUGUGUAAGCUAAAGCAAAAUUGAAUCUAUGGCUUUACCUAAAAUAAAUUCAUACAUUCUCUAGCUUAAAUGUAAAUGAAGUAGCUUUCCUAGAGAACCUUUGCCUGUUACGUUCCUAGAACCUUCUAGAACACUCUGCCUUUGACCUCUGGUUGGGAGAUGCAGUGACCACAACCCAUCCUACUGUUCGAUCUUGAAUAAAUGUCCAAAUCCUUCCAAGUCAAAAUCAUUUUACAGCAAAACCUAAAGAUUCUAAUGCAGCAAGGUGCCAUCUUUAAACACAACUUCUUUCAGUCUCUUACAGAGAAAUUUUUUAAAUAAAAACAGAGGCAAGUCCAGCUUCUCCUCAGACCC